CUUCACAUACAUCUUUACAUGAGGUUAAGUCCGUUUGUUCGUUUAUCGGUGUGGGUUAAAAGGUGGAUGACAGUUUUUUGAACGAGAAUGUGUGUUAGUUUGGUUGCAGAUUGUAAGGCAGAAAGCCUGACACGGUUCCGGCGGUGAGCUAUGAUGGCGACGUGACACACACAUACACAUAGAGGGAGUAAAGCGGGAAGAACACACGCACUAGUCAGCCCCCCUCCUUCUUCUUGUCUAUACUAUCAUUUUUCUCUCAGUAAAGCAUUGGAAGCUGGUCAAAAGCAGGACUCUGUGGUUUUCCUCCAUAGUUUUUUUUGGGUAAAGCAGUUCAGAAACAUUUUGUAGCGUGUAGAGGAGGAGGAGGAGGAGGGGCCGCGGCAUCGAGCUUGAAAAGAAUGCUUAUCGAAACCAAGCUGGACUCCCCCAAAUAGCCAUCACAAUGAAGGUAGCAGAUGAGCCUGCCUACCUGACUGUGGGGACGGAUGUUAGUGCUAAAUACAGAGGUGCCUUCUGUGAGGCAAAAAUCAAGACUGUUAAGCGGAUGGUGAAAGUUAAGGUGGUGCUCAAAGGAGACAGUACCUCACAAGUUGUGCAAGAUGACCAGGUCAAAGGACCGUUGAGGGUGGGCUCCACAGUAGAAGUCAAGAGUGCAGAAGGAGUGUUUAGUGAAGCUGUCAUCAUUAAACUUACAGACGCGAGCUGGUACACUGUGGUGUUUGAUGAUGGGGAUGAGAAAACACUCAGAAGAACAUCACUGUGUCUUAAGGGCGAAAGGCAUUUUGCAGAGAGCGAGACUUUGGACCAACUGCCUCUCACUAACCCGGAGCACUUUGGCACUCCUGUGAUUGGAAAGAAGACUAAUCGAGGGCGGCGCUCUUCUCAAGCAGUCGUUGAGGACGAGAAGGAGUCUUCAUCCAGCGAGGAGGAGGAGGACGAUAGACGGCGGCUCAGUGAUGAUCUCUUAGGGAAGGUGGCAUUCAUUCAGACCGGUCCAGAUGAAGCAUGCUGGUUCCAUGCCCUGGUGAUCUCUCCGAGCUGCAACGAUGACUUAACUGUCAAAAGGGACCAAUGCUUAGUGAGGUCGUUUUCUGAUUCCAAAUUUCACACUGUGGCCCGCAAUGAAAUCCAUGAAUUGUGUUUGGACACCAUGUGCAAAUCGGAGCACUCCGACAAAAACGGAUUUGAGGAAGCGAUGCUCUUCCUCCAGACCAAGCAGGUCCCUGGUAGCUGGAAGAUGGAUAUGAGUGAGAUCUUAGAAUCUUCCAGCAGUGAUGAGGGUGAAGGCAAGGAAAGUGAGGAAGAAGAGAAGGAACCAGAGCCAGAAGAGCCUGAUGAUGAGCCAGACCCAGAAGAGAGGGAUGACUUCCUACAGCAGCUUUAUAAGUUCAUGGAAGACAGAGGCACACCAAUUAACAAACCUCCUGUACUGGGCUACAAGGACCUGAACCUCUUCAAGCUCUUCAGGCUGGUAUAUCAGCAUGGUGGCUGUGAUGGUAUUGAGAGCGGAUCUGUAUGGAAACAGGUCUAUAUGGAUUUGGGCAUCCCUGUUCUAAAUUCAGCAGCUUCAUAUAACGUGAAGACAGCUUAUAAAAAGUACCUGUAUGGUUUUGAAGAGUACUGCCGAUCAGCCCAGAUACAGUUCAGGACAGUGCACCAUAAUGAGCCUAGGCCAGUCAUUCAGCCAGAUGUGAAGCAUGUCGAGCCGGAAAAUGAGGCCACGAGUGAAGAAAAAGAUGAUCUGUCCCUGCAAACUAAAGCUGAGCCCGAAGCAAGCAAAGACAAACCUGAUGGCGAUGAGUCUGAUGUCGAGAGUGAGAAAAGUCGCAAAGACAUCUGCUCCCCAAGGGGCCGACGGCGCUGUACAGUGACUCCAUUGAAAAUGGAAGGGAAGGAGCCUGUCAAACAGGAAAAGGUAAAAGAGGAGAAGAAGCACGAAGAAGUGCAAGGAGGAGAAGGCAGCGGAGAGGAACAGAAGGAAAAGACAGAGGGAGAUCAUCCGGGGAAGCGACGCAGUCGGCGCCUAGAAGAUUCCGACAAAGACUCGGACGAAGAGGAUCGUGAGGAAGAAGACGAUGAUGACGAUGAUGAUGGUGAUGAUGAUGAUGGUGACAGUGAAAAAUACAGACUCAGAGAAAGAGAUGAGAGGGGGGAUGAAGAUGGGGAUGAAGAGUCUGAGCACUCUGUUACUGGGACAAAAGUCAAGGUCAAAUACGGCAAGGGAAAGACCCAGAAAAUCUAUGAAGCUAAUAUUAAGAACACAGAGACGGACGAUGGAGAAGUCCUCUAUCUGGUCCAUUACUAUGGAUGGAAUGUGAGAUAUGACGAAUGGGUUAAAGCGGAUCGGAUAAUAUGGCCUGUCGAUAAAGGAGGAACAAAGAGAAGACAGAAAAAGAAAAUGAAGAAUAAAGAAGACGGUGAGAAGGAGGAGGACAGACUACCCAAACCGGCGGCAAAACGUGGCCGCCCUCCACUGAAGUCCACCCCUCCCAGCACAUCCCGCAGUCUAUCCAAAACUUUAAACAGUGAGAGCAGAUCUGGCUCCAAACCUUCCCGUCCCUCAGAUCCUUCCACUCUACCUAAUGGAGAGGGAACUCCCCGUCGGCACACCAGGAAAGCCUCUGGGAUGUAUGAUUCUGACCGAGCAUCUAAUGAUUCAGGAAACUCAUCAGAAGAGAGCGAUUGUGAGGACAGUCCUGAGAAGAAGCCUGAAUGGGCAGAAACGACUGAUCCUGCUACAGCACGAAAGCAGGAGGAAGAGGAGGAGGAAAAGGAACAGAAAAGGCAAGAGGAGAAAAAAAGGGUAGAGGCUGCUGAGGUUGAGUCGGUGUGUCCCAGCCUCCCUCAGGAAAAAACACAGCUGCUGGAGGAAACUGAGGUGGAGAAACCUGAGGAAGAAGUGGCUAUGUCACUAGACUCUGGUGACAAAUCUCCUAAAUCAAGAGCAAAAAGGGCUCGCCAGAGAGAACCCGGGUCGGAGACGCCGAUGCAGCUGACUGCCACAACAAACCACGCUGAGCUUGAGGGGCCUGGCAUUAUGAAGCCUCAGGAUGACGAGUACAUCAGCCCCGCAGAGCAAGUGCCUCAAUCAGCUGGCUCAGACACCGAUUCAGCCACUGAAGACAUCGGUCCUCCAGACAGGAGUUGCGUAACCAAGCGCAAAGCUCCAGAGCAUUGGACUCCGGACAAAAAGAUUCGCCUCGAGCACAAAGAGGAACCCAAAACUUUGUCACCAGAGAAAAAAUCGGACACUGAAAGGCCAAUGAAUGACGAUCAUGAAACAGAAGAAGCCAUUGCACCACCAGUACCAGCAGUAGUGGUUCCUCCUGAAGAUCCUGAUGUUAAAAUGGAAAUGCCUGCUCUUACCAAAGAAGUCCAGAUAAGAGUGGAACCUCUUUCAAAUUUGUGCACAAUGAAGGAGGACUCCUCAGCAAUGACUGAUGAAGAGAUGAUGCCUCAGAUAGGUCCAGAGGCACUGGUAUGUCACGAGGUAGACCUCGAUGACCCUGAAGAGAAGGAGAAGCCAUCGGGAGAGGAGCUACUGGUACUAAGGGAGGAGAAGACUCAUGUUCCCAGCUCGGUAGUAGCUCAGGUGCCGCCCCAGCAGCCCUCGUUUCAUCUCUCUUCCAGCCUGACAACAGCAGCACCACCUCAGCUGUGUUCUCCGUCCUCUGCACCCAGCCCAGAUGAGUCUCACAGCACCAAAAGUGAGAGUGAUGCCACCAUCGAGGCAGACAGCAUGGCCGAGUCGCAUGAGGGGCUCUGUGAGAACUUUGACGCCAGUGCAAGUUCCAGUAACUCAAGCAUUUCCCUGCAAGAAAGGGAUGCCAAGGACAAAGGUCAGAAGAGAUUGCACGACUGCAACAGUGGCUCAUCUUCUAAGAAGCAGAAACGUAACCAAAAAAGGUUAGGAACCGCUUCUGCUGCUGAAAAAAAUGGAGCAGGUCACAGCAGUGAUAGUGAAGACCUGCCUGCUAUGGACACCUCUAAUAAACUGACUCCAGUAAAACACUCCAGCCUGGCCAAGGCCCAUAAGCUCUCUCGCUCUCCUGGCCAUGCAUCCCCCAGCAGCAAAGACAUGGAGAAAGACAAGCACAAAGAAAAGCAGUCCUUCCCCUCUCCACGCACAUACAAAUGGACUUUCCAGCUGAAUGAGCUAGACAACAUGUCGAGCACGGAGAGAAUUUCUUUCCUACAAGACAAACUUCAGGAAAUCCGCAAAUACUACAUGUCCUUGAAAUCGGAGGUGGCUUCCAUCGACAGGAGGCGGAAAAGGUUAAAAAAGAAAGAGAGAGAAGUGUCCCACACCACAGCAUCCACAUCCUCUGGCUCGUCAGACACGGGCAUGAGUCCAUCCUCAGCUUCGCCCACUCAGAACACUGUAGCUGUGGAGUGCAGGUGAUAAGAUAUCACACCUGUUUAUUCCUCCACCCUGCCCACCUCUGCCUUCUCAGCAUCUCUGCUGCCUCUAUGGAGACGUGCAUACUGAUGAGCCAGAGCAAGCAGCCAUAGCACUCGACUGCCCUGCCUCCUCCACCCUUUCCCGUCCCCUGAUCCUUGUGGCCACUCCCACCUCCUGCACUUUGUAAACUGAUCCUGCCUCUCGCUCCAUCUCGCUGCCACUUUCCGCAUCAGGAAAUGGAUUCAUUGUGAGGGUUGAAUGUAAAAUAAAAAAACGAUAAUAAAAAAAUUAGAUGAAGAAAAAAAAAUCAGAUAUCCAUCCACAGACAGUACAAUGGCACUUUUCUCUCAUCUUUCGACUCGGCCAAAAAGAGUAGGUUCCUCCUUUAAGUCUGUCGCACAGGCUGAUACAAAAUUAGUAAUUGUUUCCGAAAGCUUUUAUCACAACAUUGUAAAGUCCCAGAUUAUUCUCCCUGUAUAGGUAUGGUCACUUAACCAGCUGGAUAUGGUUAGGAAAAAAAGAAAAGGUCAAUUUUGUGCGCUUGCUCCAUCAGAACUGCCAAAGUACAUGCGUUACAGCAGAGUGCCCUAUUUUGGAAAAAAAGUGGGACAAAGUCAAUUGCAAAAGGGAAUGUAGUUUACUGAAAACUGCAGCUGGUGUCUUCCACUCUUUGUAGUGUGUGAAAGUGUGCGAGCACAGAUGAUUAUGCAAAACUCUAUUUUUGUCUUUAAAAAAAAAAAAGAAAAUAUGAAAGAAAAUGUUUACAGUGGAACACAGGACAAAAAAUGUUUUCAGUGGACUAAUUUCCUUUGCGAGUGGAUUUUGUCUUUUUAUAUGUAAUUGCAGAGUUUUAUUUUAGUAUAAAAUUUCAAAAGGUAUAUAUUACAGCCGUGAAAUUAUUUAAUGAAAUAUUUCUAGGUCUGAAUUUUUUGUGUAAAAUAAAGGUAUUAUCUUGCAACUUGUUAAGUAUAUUUAUUCAGGCGAAGAACAGGCUUUGUUUUUUUGUUUUUUUUUGUAUUCUUUCCAAAAUGAAAUCCUUCCCACAUUCAUUUGGUCAAUGGUGAAAAAGUCGAUUAAUGUAAGGAUGUGCUGGAUGAGUUUAGACUGUGAAGUCACAAUUGGGUAACUACUGUGCAGUAAAUUGUUCCCAAGCCUCCCCUUUGGGCCAAAUGAUCUUUCUUUCUUUUUUUUUCUUCUUUCUUUCUUCUCUCAACCUUUAUGGACCACCAUUACUUGGUGACCUGCCCGGCUCAAGUUCAGAUUUGCUGGUACUUAUGUUAAAGCAGUUUGUUCUUAAUGUUCCAACAUUGAGUUCUCAAUCAAUUUGAAUAAAAGUUGCAUAAUGAAUAUGUAUGUUUAGCCCAGGGGUUUCUUACUACAAUGAUUUCUUUUGUAUAUAGAUCUUCCAAAACCAUGUAUUUGAGAAAUACAUUUUACAACAAACUGUAAAUGAUUUAUAUUAUUUUUUAAACAAUACAUCUUUGUAUAUUAACUUUUUUCUAUGUCAAGUUGGUAGAGGAAUUAGCACACUUUACUGUAUAUAAUCAACCACUGGUCAUCAACAGGAGCCUAAUCCCAGUCCUAUAGAGAUAUGAACCCACUAGGAUGUUGAAUAUGCUGAAAUAAUCAGAACCUGCUUCCCUGUGAGUCGAAUGGAUUUACAGAUUCCUGGUUGAAGGAAUAAAGGCAUUAGGUUCCUGAGCAAAGCCAUUGUAUCUUUAUGUAAAAUAAGCAGAGCUCUUCUCAUUUCUAAUAAAAACAUUUGAAAUA